AUGGAGAUGAACGGUGUCAGGAUCAUGGGUUGUGAUAGACUUUGGAGGAAAUUGGUUGACAAGGGGAGUGGAAUCAAGAAGGAAGGGCAAUCCGUUAUCAACACGCUCAUCAACUACUACAAUAUAAACUUUCACGAAUGCUCUUACUCUUUCCAAUUUGCGUUACAACAAACUACUCCCAUCUACUGCGUAUCAAAUGAACCUGUCCUGUCCUGUCCUGUCGAGCGAGACUCAAGAGACAAGAGACAAGAGACAAGAGACAAAAGACGUAUGCCGACACAAUCGAUCAAUCUGAAAUCGAGUCCUGUUACUCUUGAAAAGUUGAGAGCCGUCAUCCAAUCAAUGGUUGACAUUGAUGACAAUCUAUUACUAUCGCAAUCUAUUUAA